AUGGGUCCGACAUUAAGCGUCUCGACCAAGAUCGAGAUCCAGGCCUCUCCAGCAGUCGUGCGCGCCGCGUUCAUGAACUGGCCCCGCUACUCGCAAUGGCACCCCAACCCAAAUUGGAACCUGCAGGCCGCGGAGAAGGACAAACAACCGCUCGACCUCAAGGAAGGCGAUGCGCUGAACGUCAGCAUGGACGGCAAGGCCCACAGUCCCGUCGUCGUGGAGAACUCCGCCGCAGCAUUCAAAUGGAAGGGCUCGCUGUUUGGCCUGGGCAGCGGCGUGCACCAGUUCCACUUCAAGCCAAGCGAGGAGAACCCUGGAGCCACGACCUUUGUGCAGGGCGAGGACUUUGAGGGCGUUGUAAUCACGCUAUCAUCCCCGUGGUGGAAGGGACGGACCUUUGACAUGAGUCCCUGGGACAAGUUCAACGCGUGCCUGAAGGCCGAGGCUGAGAAGAAUGCCAGCGCGGCGAACUAA